GCAACAUUGAACUGAACCGGGAGUUGAACUACAUUACCCAUAGUGCACAGCUCCAGCACAUUCAGUACAUUCUGCUGCUUAUCCGGGGAUGUCGCACCGCUGCUAUUUUCUCCCUACAGUCCCCCUCACUAUCAGCCAACAGCUCCAGCGGACUGACACGGGUCUCUGGCUGGAAACAGACCGAGAAUAGGACGCCAACCGGAGGCCAAAGGGGGGGAAAAACAAACAUGGCCGAACUCGGCGCGGGGAGCCUGCCGUUGGGAGAACCAGCUUUUAGCUAUCAACAGGAGCAGGAGCUGAGCGAGCGGCUGAAGCGGCUGUACCCGGCUGUGAACGAGGAAGAGACCCCGUUACCCCGCUCCUGGAGCCCCAAGGAUAAAUACAGCUACAUCGGGCUGUCGCAGAACAACCUGCGGGUCCAUUACAAAGGCCAUGGAAAGAACCACAAGGAUGCAGCGUCAGUGCGAGCCACACACCCCAUCCCCGCUGCCUGUGGGAUCUACUACUUUGAAGUGAAGAUUGUCAGUAAAGGUAGAGACGGGUACAUGGGCAUCGGCCUGUCUGCACAGGGAGUCAACAUGAACAGGCUGCCUGGGUGGGACAAGCACUCGUAUGGUUACCACGGAGACGACGGCCACUCGUUCUGCUCCUCUGGGACGGGCCAACCGUACGGGCCGACGUUCACCACGGGCGACGUGAUUGGCUGCUGCGUCAACCUCAUCAACAACACCUGCUUUUACACCAAAAACGGCAUCAGUUUAGGUGUUGCCUUCACGGACCUUCCUCCCAACCUGUAUCCCACCGUGGGGCUUCAGACGCCCGGAGAGAUCGUAGACGCCAACUUCGGCCAGCAGCCGUUUGUCUUUGACAUCGAGGACUACAUGAGCGAAUGGCGGGCAAAGAUCCACGGUAUGAUCGCCAGCUUCCCGAUCGACGAGCGGCUGGGGGAGUGGCAGGCGGUCCUGCAGAACAUGGUGUCCAGCUACUUGGUGCAUCAUGGAUACUGUGCGACUGCGACAGCGUUUGCCAGAGCCACAGAGACCACGAUACAGGAGGACCAGACGUCUAUAAAGAACAGACAAAGAAUACAGAAGCUGGUGCUGGCCGGGCGGGUCGGCGAGGCCGUGGACGCCACGCAGCAGCUCUACCCGGGUCUGUUAGAACGCAACCCCAACCUGCUCUUCAUGUUGAAAUGUCGCCAGUUUGUGGAGAUGGUGAACGGCACGGACAGCGAGGUCCGCUGCCUGACGGUCCGCUCGCCCAAGUCCCAGGACAGCUACCCCGGCUCGCCCAACCUCAGCCCGCGGCACGCAGUCAGCAGCACGCACAUCCACAGUGGAGGCGCAGACAGCCCCACCUGCAGUAACGGCGUCGCCCCGCCCAACAAGGCCAAGAUUCACGGCAGCAGCAGCAUCAAAUACCCCAGCGCCUCCUCCUCCACCUCCUCCUCCACCUCCUCAUCCCCUUCAUCCAUAAACUACUCCGAGUCCAACUCCUCAGACUCCACCAAGAGUCAGCCGCACAGCGCCAACAGCACCCAGGAGACCAGCGACAGUGAGAUGGAGAUCGAAGCGGAGCAUUACACCAACGGCGUCGUCGAAGGCCCGUCGACGCGGAUCAUGAACGGCACAUACAGACACGAAGAGAUCCUCCAGCCUGACGACAACAGCAUCUGCAACGGGGUCACAGGAGCCCAGAAACACUCUGACGACGGCCGGAUUAGCAGCAAACAGCUCUGCGGCGGGAACCAGGCGGCCACUGAGAGGAUGAUCCAGUUCGGACGGGAGCUGCAGACGCUCAGCGAACAACUGUGCCGCGACUACGGCACCAACACCACGCACAAGAAGAUGUUACAGGAUGCAUUCAGCCUGCUGGCGUACUCAGACCCCUGGAACUGCCCGGUGGGCCAGCAGCUGGACCCCACGCAGAGAGAAUCGCUCUGCUCCGCUCUCAACAGCGCCAUUCUGGAGUCCCAGAACCUCCCCAAACAGCCGCCGUUGAUGCUGGCGCUCGGGCAGGCCACCGAGUGCGUCCAGCUCAUGGCCCGGGUCCGGUCCGGCUCCUGCUCCUUCGCCAGGAUAGACAACUUUCUGCACUAGCCCUCGUUCAGGUGAAUGUUGAGCAGCACUGAGGUGUCCAGCUGGUUGUUGCCAUGACGACGAUGAGGCAAACAUGCGUCUGAUUGGAGCAGAGAAGAGAAGGGAAGAAGGCUUCCUAUUUAAUUUAGUAUUAUCAGAUUUAAUAAAUGUGUGACACUAUUUAAAGAUUAUUAUUAUUAUUAUUAUUCAGUUUAUUUAGCCUUUUUUUAGUAUUUUUUUGUCAGUUUGUUGUGCUCAUCCUGGAAAAACUAAUCAAAUUUCCUUUUUUUUUUUUAUUCUUUCUUUUUAUUUGUUACGGUUGGACUUUGGUUCCUGUAGUCUUGUUGUUUUUGUUCACCACGUCCCUCAGCACCGUACCCAUAAGGUCCUGGAUGCCAGUUCACUGCAACCUGCUUGUCAAAUCUGUGCCCAGAUGUUUUUUAAACAGUCGGCCUGGGCUCGGAUGUGGUAUUAAAUUCCAGCUCUUGAUGAUUUAUUUAAACGCUUCUUUCUCCAGGGUGGAAGAAUUUUACUGCAAACGACUGUGAUGAACACAAGUUUAAAUUUGUUUUGUAUUUUCUCAUCAUUAUACAUACAGGCUCAUAUGUAAACUAGCUCUAAUAUUUAAUAUUUGUUUUUUAGCAAGUUGCACCUCUAUCCCAGCCUGUUUGCAGCCAUCAUCAUUCUGAACGACUUUUCGGCACGUUAUUAGAAAAAUUGGUAGCGUUUAAUGAAAUUGGUCUCCUUCCUGGCAGCUUAUUAUCAGCCUUAUGAUCUGUUUGGGAUCAUCGUCCUGUUGAACACCCAACUGUUGGUUUGAGCCCCAGGUAAGAAAAUGCAGAUUAAGGAAAACAUUCCCACAGCAUGAUGCUGCCUCCACCUUUCUUGACAGUUGGUUCACAUUAUUAAAGCCUCCUCCAACCAUUCAAUGGACGAUUAGCUCAAUCUUUGUUGCACCAGGAGGCGGAUCGCUUAAUCCAUAGGAGACUUCAGCUUUGGUGGGUUUUGAACUUCCUAAACGUUUUAAUUUCCCCCGAGGAGGGGCAGAUGUAAAUUAAAUUCUCCUUUUUAGAUCCUUAGUGAAGAUUUUGGACUUUCCUUUUUUUCGCUGGUUAUUGGUCAGUCCAAACUGAGCUGUCCAACACAAUCGUGAGCAGUUUGCAGAAGUUAAAGACCUUGACUUUAAGUUAUAACAUCCUAGAACCAUCAGCUUAUUUCAAUAUAUAUAUGUAGAAAAAUUCAUCUUUUUAGAAAAUUUAUUCCAGCUGUUGUUCCAUCAUUCCACCCUGAACAAAAGAGAACAAUUUAAAUAAAUUGUCUAAAGCCAAAAAUGAAUGCAGUGGCUACAUUUGAGCUUCUGAUGUUAGCCGUCUAAGAAGACGGAGGAAACCAAGAAUGGAAAAGCUUUCAUGGGCGCGUUGAUCUCAGCAUGAACAACACCUGCUAUUGUGUGGAGCUCCUCAUUAGCUGCAGCCCACACGGGUGAAAUUAUCCCCAGAAGUUAGAAAUAAAAAAAAAUAUUAAACCCUGGCUUUUGUUUCUGAUUAAAGGUAAUGUAAUAUGGCUGAGAGUGGGGCGGCGAGAGCUCGCAGGUUAUUUGCCAAGAAACAGGAUAUUUCCUGGAAAAGAACAUCAGCCAUGUUCAGAAAACAUAAUUGAAGGUCCUCUGCGGUGGCGAACGCUAACCAGGAGCAGAGAGGUGUCGGCGCCUUAAUUUUACUGUAACAAGCGCCGCGUCGGCCAAUCAGAGAUGUGGCUGCAGGUGGCGGAGCUGAUCCCCGGCUGCACCUACGACACCUGCCCUCGGGGCCGAGUCCUACUCUAUUAUCAGCAUAAAGAAAAUCAGUAUCAAAGGCAGGCUAACAAGCACAGUGUGUGCACGUCGAAAAGUCAAGUUUCAUUACCGCAGGCUUCUUUUUUCCCCCUCCACACUCUGACCCACUGUGUGCUCAUGCAGUCACAGCUAGAAUUUCAAAUAAAGAGGUGAAAUCAUGUGACAAACAGGGAGGCCUGUAAUUUUAAGGUGCACUUUGUGAUGAUUAAACCGCAGCCUUUCUUUCACUUUGAUUUCCAAACCCGGCUCGGAGGGCUGUGACAGCCUUUGUUCCAGAGUUCUGCUCAGUUUCUGUGCAAUAAGACCAAAGUUUUUUUUUUUUUUCUUCCUCUCCACGUUUGGUGACCGUCAUCCACAAGUUAACAAACUGUUUUAUCCUUUACCUUCCUGUCAGAGAUGCCAAAACAUUGGCAAGAAAAAAAUCUAAUUUGGAUAAAAGCUUAAUUUAGCUAAUUUGCAAAUGCUUCUGUUGUAAGUAGAAAGAGUUAUCCAGCAAAUAUAAAUAAAUCUUUAUAGAUCAGGGGUGUCCAAACUUCUUGUCACAUGGGCUAAAAUUGUCAAAAUUAGUCACGGGGCACAAAAAUACAAUAGUUAUAAAAAUAAACACCCUAAAAAUGUAUUGUGUUUCAUUUAUUUUUUUAAUUGCUCCACAAAAUGAUAAUAUAAUAUAGUAAUAUUUUAAUUUGUCAGAUUUUCUGUUGGAAAUUGUCACUUUUGCCUUAUUUAAAGAUGGUCGUCCAGUUUGCUAAUUCUUUUAGACUUAAUUGGAAAUUGCUUAAACAUUUUUUUUCUCUUCUCAGCAAUAAGAACAGGAUUUGGGUCUUUCUUUGAAAAUGCUUGCUGUGUUUAGCCAGUUUUAAUAAAUGAGUUAAAAGUGGAUUUUGGUGCAGCAAAGUCUUUAUUUGAGUAAAAGUCAUUGGUUAGAUGUGGUCCUAUUUACUAGGAAAUUAAAGCAGAUGUAAAAAGUUUGGUUAUUAAAAGACAAAUAAUUUGUGAUGUACCCAACAUUUUCAAUUGUGAGAAGAUUUGAACUUGUCUGUAAUAAUUUUGCCCUAAUAAAAAAUAAAAAGUCAGCAUCUGCAUCAACCACCAAAUGGACCAAAUCAUUCUUGAAUUACAGUCGGGGACCACACAGAAUAAGCCCAGGGGCCUCAAAUGGCCCCCGCGCCACACUUUGGACACCCCUGAUUUAGAUUGUUGCUGUGGGCAGAAAUACAGAGCAGCAACUCCUGACCAUUUCUCUAGAAAGGGUAGGAACAUUUUAUACAUGUUUUCAAUGCAAUAUUUGGUAUGUGUGCAAUAUGCAUCAACAGGCUUCUAGGCCAGAUUAAGACCAGAGGCGGUUUGAGGUGAAUUUAAUAGUCUGAGUGGUUAAAUGUGACACUUUGAAAGCCCCGUUGUGCAAUUAUUUGGCUGUUGAUGCUAAAUCUGGCAUCUGAAAUCAAGAAGCUCACACAAAUGUGCAGUGGUUGACAAUCCAGUAAUAUUACAACAGCUCACAACGAUGGGAACCUCUUACUCCAUGAGAUCCUCUGGUUCCUCCUAGUUGAGUUCACUGCAGAAAGAGUCCAGCCUGCUGAAGAGAACAUGGAAAAAAAAAACCUUGAUUCAAAAGAUUUUAGUUAAACCAGUAAGUUAAACUUCCUGACUUGAUGUGUUGUAGCAGGAAAUUACAACAAAGACUAUUUCAUAGGAUCAUUCUGGGGUCUAAUUUCAUUCUGUUCUCAUUUAUUUUUGUCAUCUCUGUUAGAACCUCACCCGUGUUUUUUUUUUUUUUUUUUUUGUCAUAACUGGACAUCAGAACAAUGAAGCAGGGUAUUGUUUCCUGCUGAAACUCUAUCUCCCGCCUUCCUUUCCUCUCUCAAACUUGUCCUGCUCUGUAAUCACCUACAUCUUGCUACCCAAUGGGGGGAUGUUGUCAAACCUGGCGCUCUGUCUGGAAAAAAAUGCCCCUAUGAUCCACACUGAUGUUUCCGUUGGUCAGGCUGUGGACUCUGCGGGGGGGAUGGAUGUUGAACUUUCCACCAGGACCAUUUCACAACCCUCCUCUGCUGUAGUAGGAACUUCUCUGAUGCACAGAGCACCUCUGUCCCCCUGCCUGGUCUGACAAUGCAGACGAGCUGUGCACAAAUUACUUCUAUCUUCAUUUUGUUUUAUUAUUUUUAUUUUAUUUUUUUUGAACUUUUGAGUUUUACCUAAAUAUAAAAAAUGAAAAGAAAAAAACAUUGUGAAAUCAGUUAUCUACUUAGCAUGGCUUUUAAAACUUUAAAACAACAAAAAAAGGAAAAACAACUGAAAAAAAGUAUUAGAAACAUGUUUAAGAAUAAAUAUUGUAUUCUGUUUAAUUUUGACAGAAUUAUUUUUAUUAAAAUACAUCCAUAUGCAUAUGAA